CGCUCAGCUCCGGCGUCUGUCCCUCGCCGACCCUUCAGUGAGAGCGGAUCAGUCAGACGCAGUACAGUGCGGAUGAGCGAUGCUUUGAUUCUCAUUCAUGUCAACAGCCUGAACAGCAGCCAAACCGACGUCUCUCGCUUUCACAUGAACGGAAUAAAAUGCAGCCGGACGAGUCGCAGUAUUUGCAACGGAAGUGUAGGACUGGUGAUAUAGAUGUGCAUCCAACAGAAAAGGCUCUAGUGGUGUACUAUGAAGUGGAAGCAUCCAUUUUAGGAGAGGCGGGCAAUGCCAGGCAUGAGGAGAAGAAGGAGUGCCAGAAAAUCAUCCGUCUGAGGAGUCUGAAUGCCAGCACUGAUGUAUCUGCCCUGGCCAGAAAGGUGGUGGAAGAGUGUAAAAUCAUUCAUCCAUCAAAGCUGGUGGAGGUGGAACAUCUGCUGCUGUAUUUACAGAACCGAAAGAAGCCCAGCAGUAAAUUGGAGAAGAAGGAAAAGAAACCAUCGAAACCUAGAGAACUUCUGCCAUUUGAAGGAAUGGAAAUUGAUGAGGAGGCCAAUAUUAAUAAAAUCGAUGAUUAUAUUGAGCUGUUGUAUGAAAGCAUGCCUGAGAAGUUUAGAGGCUCCACUCUGAUCCUCCAUCUGGCCUGUAACCCUGAUAACCUGGAGGAGCUCCUGCAUAAUGAGGCUGUGCUUGGAGCUCUUGCGCGGGUCCUGAGAGAGGACUGGAAACACAGUGUGGAGCUGGCAACUACUAUCAUCUACGUCUUCUUCUGCUUCUCAAGUUUCUCGCAGUUCCAUGGGCUCAUUACACACUAUAAGAUUGGCGUGCUGUGCAUGAACAUCAUCGAGCACGAGCUGAAGAAAUAUGACCUGUGGCAAGAUGAGUUAGAGAAGAAGAGCAAGGCUUGUGAAGAGGACCCUGAAAACCAGAGCUUGCGGAAGGAGUAUGAGAAAACCCUUAAGAAAUACCAAAGCCUCCUGGUCAAACAGGAGCAGCUGCUGCGAGUUGCGUUCUACCUGCUGUUGAAUCUGUCUGAGGACACCCGCACCGAGCUCAAGAUGAGGAACAAGAACAUUGUGCACCUGCUGGUCAAGUCUCUAGAGAGGGACAAUGAGGAGCUGCUGGUGCUGGUGGUCUCCUUCCUCAAAAAGCUCAGCAUCUUCUUGGAGAACAAGAACGACAUGGCUGAAAUGGACACUGUAGAGAAGCUGGCUUGUCUGGUUCCAUGUGAACAGGAAGACCUGAUGAACGUCACUCUGCGACUUCUCCUCAACCUCUCCUUUGACACGGGUCUGCGCACCAAAAUGGUGCAUGUGGGUUUGCUGCCCAAACUCACUGCUCUGCUGGGUGAUGACACGUACAAGCACGUAGCGAUGCGUAUCCUCUACCACAUCAGCGUGGACGACAAAUCUAAAUCCAUGUUUGCGUAUACUGACUGCAUUCCUCAGCUCAUACAAAUGCUCUUUGAACAUGGCGAAGAGAGAAUGGACACCGAGCUCAUUUCAUUCUGCAUCAACCUGGCUGCUAACAAGACUAAUGCUCAGAUUAUCUGUGAGGGUAAUGGAUUGAAGAUGCUGAUGAAAAGAGCACUUAAACUGAAGGACCCGCUGCUGAUGAAAAUGAUCAGGAACAUCUCACAGCACGAUGGACCUCUGAAACAGCUCUUCAUUGAAUAUGUGGGUGAUCUGGCAGCUCAGAUCAAGCAGGAAGGUGAUGAAGAGUUUGUUAUUGAGUGCUUGGGUACAAUGGCAAACCUCACCAUACCUGACCUGGACUGGGAGCUCCUUCUGAAAGAGUACAACCUGGUGCCCUACCUCAAAGACCACCUCAAACCCGGCUCAGCAGAGGAUGACCUGAUCCUGGAGGUGGUGAUCAUGAUCGGUACGGUGUCAAUGGACGACUCCUGUGCCGUCAUGCUGGCUAAGUCUGGCAUCAUUCCUGCUCUUAUUGAGCUGCUAAAUGCCCAACAGGAAGACGAUGAAUUUGUGUGUCAGAUCAUCUACGUCUUCUACCAGAUGGUCUUCCACCAGGCCACCAGAGAUGUCAUCAUUAAGGACACUCAGGCCCCAGCCUACCUCAUUGACCUUAUGCACGACAAAAAUGUGGAGAUCCGGCAGGUUUGUGACAACACUCUGGACAUCAUCGCUGAGUAUGAUGAAGAGUGGGGGAAGAAGAUCCAAAGCGAGAAGUUUCGCUGGCAUAACUCACAGUGGCUGGAGAUGGUAGAAAGCAGACAGAUGGAGGAUGCCGAGCCCUACCUGUACGGAGAUGAUCCGGAUGCCCUGGAGCAGCCCGAUCUCUUCUACAGCACUGCAAUGGAGCCGACGGACGUCCUGCCACUGCCUACGGCUUUCGUCCUGACGAGCCGUUCUUCCACGGCUACGGAUCCACCAGAUAGAGCUGCUGCAUAACACCAUCUCACCGCUCACUACAAGACCACUUUUAUCUCCUAGAAAACUCAAACCAACCAAUCUCUUCCAGAAAAUGUGAGCCCACCCUUGGAUUUAAAGGCAGGUUUAAUAGCGAGACCCCAGUAAAAUGCUUGGUGAUGCUUUAUAAUAACUUUUAAUUAUUCAUUAACAAAAAGAUCAGUAGUUCAUGUACAUUCAAAUAUGUAAAAUGUAAUUUUAUAUUCAAAUGUUUAUAUAAGUUAUAAAUGGACUUUUCUCAUUGUUUGAAUGUAUGCAAAUAUGUUGUUAGGCAUUGUGUAAUCAUGCUUAACAGAUUAUUUGUGUACAUUACAUUAUCUUAUAUAAUGUAUUAUUAUUUAUGAAGGAUAUUAUGAAGUGCUGUAGUCCAGUUGACUUAAUUUGGGUUUAAGAUGUCUUAAUCUUGUGUAAAACAACUGACUUACUAAUGUCGAAAGUUUCAAAAUAGUCUUUUAUUUAUACAUUUUAUUUUUUAUUUUUUUUAGGUUUUAGGGAGUGCACUUUAAUAGUAUACAGUAUAUUCAUUGAACUGGAAUGAAUCUGUUCUCAUCUUCAUAUCCACUAAAUAAUAUUCAGCUAAAAUGUUACUGAUUGACUGAUUUAUCCUGUUCUCAUUAACCAGAAUUGACUGCAUAAAUGCAUAAACUGCAUUAACAGCUUCAUAAUGUAGCAUCACUCACUUUAUUCAAAAUAACUUGCACUAUUUGUCAUAUAUAACAAAACUAUAUACUGUGUCUGUUAGCUUAUAUGAGGCAUUAUUCCUCUAAGAGAUAUUUAUGAAUUAACUACCUAAUAAUGUCCAGGGUUCAUUGCUGUGAAAAUGGUUGAGUCUUAUAACACUUUAAGUAAAGUGCUAAAUGCUGCCUCUGCUACUAUUUUAUGCUGUUGCUUUAAUUUGGUUAUGUUUCUGAUUGAGAUGUAGCAUGUGUCUGUUCAAUUUUAAGUUGUAUUUAUAGAGUACUGUAAUUUUAAUUUAUCACAAUGAAUUCAGGACCGCUCUGUAUUUCCAGACACAAAAUGUGCCUCCUAACAUCUUGGCCUUUGCUGCUAUAAUGAUCCUGUGAGUUUGACAGAUUCAUGUGAAUUGACCUUAACUGCGAACAGAAGAAAUAAAACAAUGCACUGAU